CGGGUGUGUAUCUCAGGUGUGAAACUCAGGUGUGUAUCUCAGGUGUGUCCGGUCUGACUGGUUCUUGAGCCUCAGUGUUGGCACUCGUCUUUUCGCAGCUUCUUCACACUCUAACCUGCCGUCUGUUCAGAGGCUGGAUUGUUUUAAGAUCGUGGAUGUUUCCCUCCUGGAUCCGGAGAAGAUGUGGACUAACGUCUCGGUUCUGCUGAACACCAGGUUCUGGACAUGCUGGACCUGAAAUCCUGGUUCUGGAGACCGUUACCCUCCGGUCAUGAACCUGCUGCUGAUGGUCCUGCUGCACUUUACUCACUGUGUGUUUACGCUGCCGGCUCCCAGCGGAGUCUUCAUGGAGUCUGUGGACAUGAGGCACGUCCUGAAGUGGCGCCCCCUGCAGGCGCCAUGCCGCACUGCAGUCCUGUACAGCGUCCAGUUUCAGGGACAGUUCGAGCUGUUGAUGCAGAACGGCAACUGGGUCAACGCCACCGAGUGUCAGCUGACCUCUGACCCUCGCUGCGUCCUGACCGAUGAACUCGGCUCCGACUCGGACUACAGCCUUCGGGUCAGAGCAAAGUGCGGAGCCGCCACUUCAGCCUGGACCGAACUCAGCUCUCCGUUCAACCGCAAAGACACGGUCCUGACGGCUCCGGAGAUGUCGGUGAUGGCGGUCGGCGACUCUCUUCAGGUUUCGUUCGGAAAACUUCCUCUCAACGCCGACGUCCGUGUGACGGUGUGGAGGAGAGGCCAAAAGGCUUUGGAGCGCUGGAUGCCACCGGAGCAGCGCGUGCUGUCGUUCCCCGGCCUGCAGGUGGCGCAGUACUGCGUCCGGGCUCAGACCGUCCUGCAGGGUCAGAAUCGGAGCGGCAGCACCAACGAACAGUGCAUCUCCAUCACAGGUGCAGACGCCCCCUGGAGGAAACCGACGGCGGUGUUGCUGAGCGUCGCCUUCACGGCCGGUUUCCUGUUCGCCAUCUUCUGGUGCGUCGCUCACUGCCAUCCGGAUCGCUGCAAAAUGUUUUUCCGUAAAGAGCCUCUGCCACACUCACUGAAACCUGAUUGGGUGAUUCAGAUCCCGAUUAGCCCCGAGGAUGUGGAGCUCUGUGAGCGGAUCCAGGUGUGCAAAGACUGCCCUUCCGAGGACCUCUGACCCGGAAGAGACACGGCACACCUGCAGUCCAAAAUGCAGAUUCUUGGAUUUGGUGGAGAACGUUUUGAGUCUGUGGUGCAUUCAAAUCUUGUGGGAGAAAAGACAAUUGAGGGAUGGUUUUCGUUAGCGUUAGCUGUUGGCAGUUAGCUGUUAGCAGUUAGCAGCGCCAGAUUCCAUAUCGUGCAACAUGCUGCGUUUAAGCCUUAUGUAGGAAAAAAGAGAAUUGGACGAAGCUGACCUGUACCGUUAUCAAGAUGUGUUAAAAUGUAGUCUUGUAAAAUGAAGUUUUUGAAAGGAAAUGUAAAAAAGUACAGUGUUUACAGUAGUGUUGUAGUACUCGAGACCGGUCUUGGUCUAGAUCAGGGGUGUCCAAUUUACGACCCAGGGGCCAAACAUGGUCCGCGGCCCAUUUUGAAAUGGCCCCCAGCUAAUUAAAAAAGUAUAAUGAAAUAUGGCCCACAAAUUAAACUUAUGCUUGUCAUAUAUCCUACUUCCGAUUUAUAUGUAAAAAUAUAUUACACAGUGUUCAUGUGUUAAUAAGCCCACUUUUCAAAU